AUCGUUGCCCUGCACUUUGAUUGAUAACGCGUUUACAUUCAGGCAGAGUGGACGCACCUUGUUUUGAGUGGUAGCUGGGUGUCCUCAACGUGGUUGUCCCGUGUCAGAGGCGAUGUACCUGUCUGCCAUAUGGUGUUUAACCGUGCUGGAAUCAGUGAAACUCACCUUGUUUUGAUUGAAGAAAGGACGAGUAUAGAGAGGCUUUGCUGUGCUGUGAAAGAGGAAUCCACAUUGGCGUUUGAUUUAAAGGGAAAAUUCAAGUCUCAACAAGAAUUUUUCCUCAGAACAAGACAGACUCGGCACCACAGACAUGAUGAUACUCUUGUUGAAAUGUGAAGUGCCUGACCAAAUGCCUCAACGUCGGUUCAAAAACAACCACAGCUUUUUGUAUAAUUCUGUAACAAAAUUACAAGAUGGCAAAUGUACUUCAAGGGAUUCAGGAGAUUGGCUCACAUGCCGUGGAUAUCUAUGACUACCUCUUGGCAGGACUUGAUCCACGGCUGAACCAGUAUCCACUCAUGCAGAGUCCUAUUCCUAUGUCUGCUAUAUUGCUGUGCUACCUGUUCUUUGUACUGUACCUUGGACCUCGAUUUAUGGCCAAUCGCAAGCCCUUUCAGCUAAAAGAAGCCAUGAUAGCAUACAACUUCAUGCUAGUGGCACUGUCGAUAUUUAUCGUUUAUGAAUUCUUGAUGUCUGGUUGGGCUACAACGUAUACCUGGAGAUGUGAUGCGGUUGAUACGUCUGACAGUCCUCAAGCACUACGAAUGGUCCAAGUUGCCUGGCUGUUUUGGUUCUCCAAGAUCAUUGAGCUCAUGGACACUAUCUUCUUCGUGUUGAGGAAAAAGCAUGGCCAGAUUACCUUCCUACACAUCUUCCACCACUCCUUCAUGCCCUGGACCUGGUGGUGGGGAGUUUCCUAUGCUCCUGGUGGAAUGGGAUCUUUCCAUGCCAUGGUGAACUCUUCCGUCCAUAUCAUCAUGUAUUUCUAUUACGGCCUUGCUGCUGCUGGACCACGUUUCCAGAAGUUUUUGUGGUGGAAGAAAUACAUGACUGCCAUUCAGCUGACCCAGUUUGUCCUGGUAUCUCUCCACGCUACCCAGUAUUACUUCAUGGACAGCUGCGACUACCAGUUCCCCAUGAUCGUGCACCUCAUCUGGAUGUAUGGAACCUUCUUCUUUGUGCUCUUCUCCAACUUCUGGGUCCAGGCUUACGUGAAGGGUAAGCGGUUGCCUAAACAGGACGUUAAGCAGUGUCAGAAUGGCACAGCUGUCUACACCAAUGGCAAGCGCCAUGAAAAUGGCAACAGCAUCAACCACGGAGCCACCAAUGGCUCUACUCUCCUUGAGAAUGGCAGCUCUCACAAUGGCAAGAUGAAGAAAGCCUAGAAUAUCCAAAGAUAAUUUUGGUUGUGUUUUCUUCUCCUGUUUUUAGUUUUGAAUGCAAAACAUUGGGAAAUGACUUGGUCAAUGAUUUCCACAGUUGGGGUUCCACAUUUGGUUGGUGUGUUUGUUCGUUUCUUUGAGUUUGGGAACCGCUUAUGAAACACAAUGUAUGAAGAGAAGAUAGUUUGACCCCUAUGUUAUCUUCACUGAUGUUGCAACAACCUCCGAGUUCAGUUUCACAUCACCCCACUUGUCCUCCUUCACCCUCAAGUGUCCUCCUUACCCCCCUGUGGACAGAUGACUGUACAGUUUCUAUCGAACUUGAAAAUACUUUUUGUAAAUAGUUUUACAAUACCAGAAAAAACCUAAUUGUAUUGGUAUACUUUUAGACUUUCUAAAUUUUUGUUACAUUGAGUAUUUAAAAUGCCAAUAAAUUCCAUUUUAAAUUA